CGCCCACGCGUGGUGUGCGUGUCUCCGCCUUCCAUUGGCGGGCGCUGAUUGGCCGCGGCGCGCCCCGCCCCUCCCGCUCGUGCAGAAAGGGGCGGGGCCCCGCAGGAGGCUGGAGGCGGCGGCGAUGGGCGAGUCGCGGAUCCUGUCCCGGGCCGAGGCGCUGCAGCUCGGGCCCGGCUGGAGACACGCGUGUCACGCCCUGAUCUGCGCGCCCUGCCCCGGCCGGCUCUUCGGGCGCGUCCCGCUGCGCCACGCCGUGCUGAUGCAGAUGCGCUUUGACGGGCGGCUGGGGUUCCCGGGGGGGUUCGUGGACCCCCAGGACGGCUCCCUGGAGGCCGGGCUGAACCGCGAGCUGCGGGAGGAGCUGGGGCCCGGGGCGGCCCCCCUGAGCCUGGCCGAGGGCGACCAUCUCGGGGCUCGCUGCGCGGAGAUGCCCCAGCGCCUGGUGGCUCAUUUCUACGCCAAGCGGCUCAGCCUGGAGCAGCUCCAGGCCCUGGAGGACGAAGCCACGAAAGCCAAAGAUCACGGGCUGGAGGUCCUGGGGCUGGUGCGCGUCCCCCUCUACACGCUGCGGGACGGGGCCGGGGGGCUCCCCACUUUCCUCUCCAACAGCUUCGCCGGCUGCGCCCGGGAGCAACUUCUGCAGGCGCUGGGGACCCUGGGGCUGGUGCCCGAGGCCGAGCUCCGCCGGGCCGACGCCGCCUCCCUGAAAGGACUCUGACCCCCCCCCCCCGAAAAAUGAUGCGGGGGGGGCCUGGACCCUGCACCCCCCCGCCCCACACUCAGCCUGUCUUGUGCUGGGGGGAUGGGUGCAGGGCCCGGGAGAGGGACCCAGGGGUCCGGGGGGAUGGAAUGACAAGAGGCCCCCCCUUAGUUACUGUGCCUGGGGGAGGGGUUCAGGGAUGGCAGGUUCAGCCCCCCAAAAAAUCCAGAGGCGGGGGGUGGCUGUGAAACUUCCCUUCCACUCAGGAAGGGGUUCAAGCAAGAAAGUUACCCCUGACCCCCGCCCCCGCCUGGGUCUCUGCGUGACCCCCCCCCCACGCGGCUGCCCCCGGGUGUUUCUGGUCCCGACACUAAUAAACCAUCAGGGAAGUGGAACAGGGGGGGUCGGGGUGUGGGGCAGGGACAGGGACCCACAGCAAACCCCCCUCACUCCCGACCCGCUCCUCUGGGGCAGGUGAUGUCUGUAGAGGGGGGGCUCGUGUGGGGGGGGUGCGUCUGUCUAUGGCGUCCAGCCCCCCCGGCCGCUGGCAGCGUGGGGGGGCACUGACUGGGGGGGCUGCAGCGCACAAGGGGUUAAGGAUGCUCCUUCACUUCCUCCCCCCCCCGCAGGCUUGGGCCGGACGCGGGGGGCGGGGCGGACCGGACGCGGGGGGCGGGGCCAGGCGCAGCCGCGGCGUGGGGCGCUGGGACUCGGCGCCGGGUCCUGCCCAGCUCGGAUCGGGGCCCCCCGCGCAGCCCCCGCCCGGCAUGAGCGCGCUGGCCAAGGCGCGCAAGGAGCGCUGGCCGCAGGCUGAAUAUGAGGCGCAGGCGAAAGAGCUGCGUGGCCAGCUGGGCGAGCAGCAGCGGGGGCGAGAGGCCCAGGCCGAGCUCCGGCUGCAGCUGCUCCAGGACAUGGGCGACUUCC